UAUAAAAAAAAAAAAAUCAAACCCACACAAAAAGAAAAAGUAAAAUCACUAAUUAGAGAAGAUGACACCGAAAGGAACUUCUUCCGUUAAUUUUGACGUCAAGUCUCCAGCAUCGGUCUUCUUUCAAGAUUUCAUGGUGAAGACGAAUUUUCCUAAGGAAGGCCAUGCCGAGCUAGAGAUCGACAAUGUGGCCGGUACGGGGAAGAGAAGGAAAAGGUACAAAAUGAGCCGCUUUCAGAUCACGAAGGAGUGGUACAAGACUAUCAGAGAAUCCGUCCCCAGUGACAAGGUGUGGCAAAACCCGGAUUGUUUCAAAACGCUCGAAGGAACCAUGACCGUCAUUGUUAAGGAAGACGGUAACGGAGCCCACGGGGUGUGGACUGUUGACUACGAGAAGACUCGCGGUGACUUGGACGACCCACGCUUCAUCACCAAUACUUGUGUCAAAUUCUUUAAGGUGAUGGAUGAGAAUCUAACAAGUUAAAUAACGUGGAAUCCCAUAUACUGUAUCUAAGCUUAUUGCAGUGUUGCAAUAGCUAGUUAUUAUUUACAAUAAUUUUCAUUUAAGAUGUUUUUUU